AUGACUACAAUGAAGAACAAGUUUGGGGGUGGGAAUGAUGGGGAGCACUGUGAGCCCCUCUGUAUUUCAUAUCCCCAGAAGCAGUAUUACUUAUUACUGACAGAGGCAUUAGUAGAAGAUAUCUCAAAGCCAAAGCAACCACUCAGGCGCAGGCUAUCCAAGACAAAAUGGCUCCUAAAGCUCCCCAUCCUGCUCUCAUCUCUAGGAUACUUGGUCUGGUUUGCUAUAAACUGCCCUCGCCACCACUACCCAGAGCCACAAGGAGGAAUCCAACUCCCGGGAAUGCACCACAAAGACGGCGGCCACGAUUUCCACCCUCCUCGUCGCCAGCGUCACCAAAACGACGACUACUCGCUCGAGCCUUCCCAAGAGGAGAUAGGCGCUCCUUCCCCCAUUCGCCGGCCCAUAUUCGAGUACUCAGACCUGACACUGGCAGAGCAGGAAGCUAUCAUAACCGAGUCCAUCAGCAAUGACACCAUCGCCCAGUGGUCGUACUACUAUACGCAUGGUAAGCAUCUCGCGGGGACGAAUAAGUCCAUGGCGGAGUGGACGCGGGAUAGAUGGAUCGAGAAUGGGAUUCCGUCACAUUUGGUGGAGUACGAAGUUUACCUGAACUACCCAGUUUCUCACUCGCUGAGCUUAACAAUUGAUGGUGGGGAGAGGUUUGUGGCGGGAUUGGAGGAGGAUGUUCUCCCGGAGGAUCCGACGACUGGUGCGGCUGAUAGGGUUCCAACUUUCCAUGGGUAUUCGAAGGAUGGGAGUGCAGAGGCAGAGUAUAUUUAUGUUGGGUGGGUGCUUCUCUUGUUUCAUAAUAAUACCCUGCUCUCAGAGGCGGCCGAGUAAUUAGAUGGCAGUCUGGGCGGAAAGGCCGAUUACCAGAGAUUGGUUGACCUCGGUGUCGACCUGAAGGGGAAAAUCGCACUGGCAAAGUAUGGGGGGACCUUCAGAGGCCUUAAGGUCAAGUAUGCCCAGGAACAGGGAAUGAUAGGCGUACUCACGUACACUGACCCGGGGGACGACGGAGAGAUCACAAAGGCGAACGGAUAUGCCCCAUAUCCCGAUGGCCCCGCAAGGAAUCCGUCUUCCGUCCAGCGUGGAUCUGUAAUGUUUCUAGCCACCAUGACAGGAGAUCCAGUUAGUCAUAACCUUCUACCCCCUCAUUUAUUUGUAAUGUUAAGAAUGAAUAGACAACUCCGGGAUACCCUUCUAAGCCCGGCGUCGAAAGGGAAGACCCAUCCGGGUUCAUCCCCUCAAUCCCGUCAUUGCCAUUAUCAUUUAAGGAUGCUCUCCCAUUCCUUCAAGCGCUCGAUGGCUACGGUUUUACUGCGGAGGAGGUGGACAGGCCUGGCUGGACAGGAGGUCUCAAUGUUUCUUACUCCGUCGGCCCAAGACCUGGAGCUGUUAUUAGCCUUGAGAAUAAAGUGGACUAUACAUACACUCCUGUGUGGAACUCUAUCGGCAUUAUUAAUGGCACCAUCGAGGAUGAGGUUAUUGUUAUUGGGAAUCAUAGAGAUGCUUGGAUUGUUGGUAUGUUUCAAUCCUUCCCUUCAACACCCAGCUAUGAUACUCAACUACUUAGGCGGAGCCUCGGAUCCCAAUUCCGGAACGGCAGUGUUGGUGGAGCUAUCUAAGGCGUUUGGCGAGCUCAUAAAACUUGGAUGGAAGCCCAAGCGUACCAUGUAAGUUUCCCCUGACCCCAUUUUACGGAGCACUGGCUGAGUGGAAUAGCAUUUUGGCAUCCUGGGACGCCGAAGAAUACGCAUGCAUCGGGUCAACAGAAUGGGUUGAAGAAUUCGUGUCUUGGGCUGUACCGAACAUGGUCGCCUAUGUCAAUGUUGAUAUGGCUGUUGCAGGCCCCCACUUCCGCAUUGAAGCUGUGCCCGAGCUGUGGGGUCUCGUCGAAGACACAAUUCAAAAUGUCUCAUCUCCGAAAACACAAGGAAAAUCUAUCUAUGAUGAAUGGACUGCAGAUGGGGGUGAAGCUGGAGGUAACUUAUCUUUUGGACUAGAAGUAUAUAGAUAAUACCUAACACCAUCUCAAGUUCCUGGAGCAGGCAGCGACCACGGGGUCUUUGUCCACACGUCCGGAAUUGCGGUCGUAAGCACCCACUUCCUCUCAACGAUCCUUUUCCUUUAAAAGAAAAACUCUCACUAAAGUCACCUAGGUCGACUUUGGCUUUGAAAACGGCCCUAAGGACCCGGUAUACCAUUACCACUCUAACUACGAUAGCUAUACCUGGAUGACCACGUUGGGCGACCGGUACUUCACCUACCACUCCACAAUGGCACAAAUCGCCGGUAAGACCGUCCUGCGAAUCUCGGAGAACGUCCUCCUUCCCUACAACGUCACCACCUUCGCCACCACCCUACAGUCCAUGCUCUCAGACCUGAAAGGCGAGAUCGCGACAGCGGGAAUGACGCUCAAUCUGUCACCCCUGGAAGUGGCGAUUGUUAGGUUUGCUGCUGCCGCCGGUGAUAUCAUGGUGAUAAAGGAGGCAUUGGAACCAGGCGAGUGGGGUGGUGCACAGGAGACCAUUGUGAAUGAGAGGAUAGGGAAGUUUGAAAGGGGGUUUAUUGGCGACGGGUUGCCUGGGAGGGUGUUUUAUAAACACCGUAGGUUUUCUCCUCUGCCCCUUCUGAGAUGGGGCUGGUUGGAGCGGGGCUGACAAGGUAACUUAGUGAUUUACGCACCUGGGGUGGAAACGGGAUAUGCGCCGACCACACUCCCGGGGAUCACGGAGGCGGUUAGAGUGGGCAAUGUAGAAGAGGCUAUGCAGUAUGUAGGAAUUACUGCGGCUGCGAUUGAUGAGGUGGCGGAGUUCCUGGAGGGAUGAACUUUGCUCCAGAGUGACUGAUGAUGGGGAAGCGAAUUGGCAUGUGGUUUUCAUUUUGUUAAGCUAUUGGUAUUGUGCGAUGAAAGUGUUCUCAAGAAUAUAUGUAGGAAUGAGCGUGGUCACAAUUUGCCCCUUGGUGCGUUUGAAAUUGUGGGAUUCUUUCCAGAACCAGGGGCACUUUUGUGACCUGGCGUAAGGAUAGCAUGAUAUCGGGGCGGAUCC